GGGGGCGGGGGCAGAGGCCGGACGGGAAGGGACGGGAGGAGCGAAGGGGGCCUACAGGGCUCCGCGGAGACAGUGUGUGUGAGGCUGGCGGCCGCCAGGAAAGGCGUCGGGGGUGGACCAGCCCAAAAGAAAGUCCCUUUCCCGAACUGCCGGAGGAGGCGGCCUAGAGGGCGAACAGACAGAAGGCAGGGAGGGUCAGCAUGCCCCCAAUGCUGCUCCCCGCCCUGCCGCUGCUCCUGGGCGCCACGCUGACCUUCCGGGCGCUCCGGCACGCGCUCUGUCGCCUGGCCCUACCGGCGCACGUGCGCGCCGACCCCCUGCGCACCUGGCGCUGGCACAACCUGCUCGUCUCCUUCGCCCAUUCCAUUGUGUCAGGGACCUGGGCGCUGCUGUGUAUAUGGCAGACCCCGGAGAUGCUGGUAGAGAUUGAAACAGCAUGGUCGCUUUCUGGCUAUCUGCUCGUUUGUUUCUCUGCAGGUAGGUCUUGCUUCGUAUUAAGUAGUUGGGAGGGACAGGAAUGUUUCUUGCUCAGUCCCGUUUAUGACCUCUUCCCCAUCCCUCGGCUAGGGUAUUUCAUCCACGACACGGUGGAUAUCGUGGUUAGUCAUCAAUCACGGGCUUCUUGGGAAUACCUUGUCCAUCACGUCAUGGCCAUGGGUGCCUUCUUUUCAGGCAUCUUUUGGAGCAGAUUUGUUGGUGGCGGUGUCCUAACCCUGCUGGUGGAGGUCAGCAACAUCUUCCUCACGAUACGCAUGAUGAUGAAAAUCAGUAACGCCCAAGAUCUCCUCCUCUAUCGGGUCAACAAAUACAUCAACUUGGUCAUGUAUCUUCUCUUCCGCCUAGCCCCUCAGGCCUACCUCACCUAUCUCUUCCUGGGUUAUGCUGGCCAAAGGACCCUGGGAACCUUCCUGCUGAGCAUCCUGCUCAUGCUGGAUGUCAUGAUCCUCAUCUAUUUUUCCCGCCUCCUCCGCUCUGACUUCUGCCCUGAGCAGAUACCCAGGCAGAAACACAAGGACAAGUUCUUGACCGAGUGAAAAGCACAGACCCAGGGACUUGUGACAAAAAACAGCCUCACAUAUAAACUGAGACUUCAGCCCUCACCUGAGGCGUCCUCUGGGGCCAUGCUCUCCACCUUUCACAUCUGCACCUACUAUUGAAAACCCUAAUGAAAGUACUCUUCUGAAGUCCUUGUCCUUUCUUGGGCAAGGGAUGAGGGAAGCAGACAGACCGGUUGGACAGAGUAGAUGGGUGUGGGGACAAGGUGCUACGGGAAAGCCAGCAGCCAACUCGCACUGCCCUAAAAUGGGUGCUAAUGAAAACUGAGUAUUGGUUUUAUACAAAGCCUCUUCCAGAGAUAAAGGAAAAGGUUCUUGUAAA